AUGCGCAGGAUCCUGUCGUACGCAGAGGACCACACGCCCGGCCAGCCUUCGACGUUCCAGAAGAGACAUCACUAUGCGUUCACUGACGUCGGCCUCGGUCAGGGCGGGUUUGGCGUGGUGAUGAAGGCGACCCAGAUCAAGGACGAUACGCCCGUGGCGAUCAAGAAGGUCCCCAAGAGCGUCGUCAAGGACAAGGUGGCCUACCGCCGGAUUGUGUCCUUCAUGAUCGACUCGUCCCAUCCCAACAUUGUCAGAUUCCUCGAGGCAUUCGAGUCCAAGCACCAUUUCUACACGGUCUACGAGCUCGUCGAGUCCAAGCAGGACCUCUUCGAUCGCUUGCUCGACGUCAAACACUUCACCGAGAACGACGCCAAGGCUGCGAUGCGGUCUGCUCUGUCGGCGACGGCCUACCUGCACGACCGUCAGGUCAUCCAUCGCGAUCUCAAGCUCGAGAACUUCAUGAUGCGCUCCACCCACUCCGGUCCUGGCGAUCUCGUCCUCAUCGACUUUGGUACCAGCCUUGUCCUGCAGGAUGGCCAGGCCGGCGGAUUGACAGAGGUCACUGGCACGCCGGGCUACAUGGCGCCCGAGAUCUACAAGAAAAAGGGUUAUUCCUACCUGGCCGACAUAUGGUCACUCGGCACGGUCUGUUGGAUGCUCCUCUCUGGCCGGUCUCUCUAUUCCACCUCGACAGAUUAUCCGGUCAUCAUGAGGGAAACUCUCGCGUUAGACGAGGCGCCCUUCCCGGAGCAAGUCUUUCACGACAUCACAGACGACGCAAAGGCUUUCAUAAGGCAUCUCCUGGAUCCAUCACCCAGCACGCGGGCGUCCGCCCGUGAUGCACUGGACCACAAGUGGCUGAGCAGGCAGGCAAUGACGCCCAAGUUUGACACGUCCCAUAGGACGCCUGCCAGCAUGGAAAGCGAUGCUCAUGGCUUGUUGCCAGAAAAGGGUCAACCGAAGCUCGAGGACGGAGCGACAGUCAACGAUGCAGAGGGGUCACGCUUUGCGGGCACGGCGACGAUGCCCCACGAGCUUCUCGAUCCUCACUCGGCUCCCGACUCGGGUACCAACACGCCCAAGCCGACAGAUAUGGCCAAGGCGCGAGAGAAACAUACUGGCGAGGAACUGAUGAUCUCCAGCGCCUUGUUGGAAAGGGUGAGAACGAGGCAAUGA